AUGAUGAGUAUAGUUGUAAAGAUCCUGGCAGCUGCCGAAAAGCGGCAUGCGCGCAUUCUGCGAGAGUUGGACGAAGCAAAGCAGCGCUCGGCUGCCGAUGCUGCUCAAGGUGAUGAUCUUUGCGCGCUCCUGGAGACUGAACGAACCCGUCUUCGUCAGCAACUGGAAUACGAGCAAAAAGAGAGUGAUAAAAUUCGCAUGGAGGUGAAACGGCUGGAGAAGAAACUGUGCGACGAGAAGGAGCGCCACAAGUCGAUGGUGCUUUUUCUGAUAAAUGAACGGAAGCAAAUGUUAUUGGGUGUGCACGAAAUGAACAUCCAAAAUGACCAUGGUAUUUCUCAGGUGCAAGAAGCUUCAUUAAUUGCAGAGAUGCGAAAAGAAGUUUCUGCCUUGCGCUUAGAAAGGGACCAGUUGCGCACAGCUCUGGAAGCAACUCGUUCGGAAGUUCAAGCUUACAAAGAGGUUAUUAGGAAUCAAGAGGAAGAUUUGGCACUAAUGCGCAACAAUAUUCUUGCGAACACUCGGAAUUAUAAUAAUAAUUUACGGUGGACCAGUGAUGGUUCUGUGGUUGUCGUUAAUAAGGGAGUUUCCACGGUGCAGUCACCUUCAAGAAAUUCAGCACCAGGAUUACCGCCAACAGUCACUGAUUUGCGGCAUCCUGUAAGGCCUCGGCUUACUAAUUCCUCAACGUUCCCAGCAAGUGAUCGGAUUCCUCCUAGCCGAGUUCCUUUGCCGGCAGCAUCAUCUCGCACAGCAGCUUCAGCAAUUCCACCUUCUCCCACCAAGAGAGGCUACCAUCAUACAUCUGCUACACGACCAACGACGCCAUCAACAGUGCGAGGCACUGUGAAUUCGCAUUCGCAUGACCGUGUGAGAAUGUCGAGCUCCUCAGACACUCCUGAACGAAUGAAAAGCGCCUUCUCAACUGAGCCAGAAAUCGAACAGUUAGGAGCAGUAAUUGAAUCAAUGAACACAACAAGCAAGUUUUUCCUUUUUUUUGAUAUCUCUUCUUCGAUGUCCGACAAGCGAAGUGCAUCACUACCAAGAAAUAGUAAAAACGGCGGUGUUAUCAGUGCGCAGUUACGUAAGAAUGUGCCACCCAAAAAUGUCUUUCCCGUAAAACGUAAUGCAAUCUUCAAAGCUCUCGGUGUAUCGACGCGAAACGACAGGAAUGGCUCAUGA